AUGGUCAAACGAACUUUAGAUUCAGCAGCAGGAACAUCUCGUGAUACACUUGAAGUCAUUGUCAUAGAAGACGGAUCAGACAAGGAUGAAUGUGAAAAGGAUGAAUCCGAUAAGAAUGAAAAAAUUAUUGUUAUUGAAGAUGAAUCCAAAAACAAUGAAGAAAUUAUCAUUAUCGAAGAUGAAUCUAAAAAGGAUGAAACCAAAAAACAAACCAAGAAGGGCUGCGGUAAGACGCCUCAAAAGGAUGUCAUCAAAUCCUGUCCCUUGUCUAAGCCAAAUGCUCCUUGUACUCUUUGCAAGACAAAUGACACUGUUUCACAAAAGACACUCUAUUGUCAUUGUGGAAGCAAGAUUGUGUUGAGAAAGGGGCGUGUGGAAGCUGCUGUAGACCACUGGGCCAACGACAAAUGUAAGAAGAAGACGAACACGAUUUGUGCCAAUGCCAGCCUCACAUCUUGGGUGACUACGACAACAGUUAAAAAGAAUGCUGUAACGAAGCCCUGUGCUGGUCUAAACGAUGAUACCUGGAAACGACCCACCGCCAAGCUUCGUAUUGAGAACUGUAUCAAGCACUCACCUACGCCUUACCACGGGGUGAAGCGAUGGAAAGUUUGUUUCCAGCUUUUCAAAACUACUCAUGAAGUCUCGCUAUCGGACGAGCAGCGCAAACAAUUCCACGCCGCUCUAGAGUCCCAGGCAACCUGGAUCAUCAAGCGACAUGGGGCUCAGGAAUCAAUACACUCUCCUAGAUGUACUCGAACAGUAAUGACCACUGCCAAAACUUUGUAUCCUCUCUGUGACGACUGCGAGGGUUUGAAACACGAUCGAAGCCUGAUCACAGCCAUCAAUGUACCAUACGCGACUGAAGAUAAAAUCAAGUUUAUUGCAAAGGUAUUCAUGACAGGUGAUCAAUUCCAAGCAGUUCUAAUGAAACAUGCUGAGCUACAAGUCCUUCAGACAUCAUUGGAGAAAACAUCUAAAAAAGGCGAUGAAGAAUUCUGGAAAGCAAUUGGUGUGUAUGGAAAAGCUGGGUUGUUCAAGGAUAAAGAGGUCAUCCGUGGUCUAAUGAUGGCAGUUGGUGUGCGAGCUGAACGUGAAUCAAACGGAAAGUCAAUGCGUGGUCGUCGAUUUGAUUUUUACUUCGACAACUUCCUCACCACCUUGGCAGCCAUCAGUCCUCGAGCUCUUAGGCUUUUCAACGACAACUUUGCAGGCCGUGGGGCACGUAGCAUGCGACAAAUCCGAAAAGUCCAGGGUAUGCAUCUUGAAGAUGGCCUACACGCAAACAACUUCAAGAGACUUGCUACUAUCUUAGCUGAGCUUGAGUAUUCCGGCCCAGUUGCUGCUGCAACUGACGAGACAGUUUGUGUAAAGGCAAUGCGGCAUUACAAUGGCUACUUGGUAGGAGCACAAGGCGGUGAUAUCCCCUUCGAAAAUGGUGAUGAAAUCGAGCGCUUGGUGAACCAGGAUAAAGCCAAAGACCUGGCUGCUCAGAAUCUCGAUUUCAUUGAAAAAUGUCAAGAAGCUGGCAUUCACCUUCUCUCACUCGGCUCGGACGGGGCAGCUACAGAGUUGGCAGCUCAAGAGCAACUCAUUGAUUCUAGAACACGCUAUCUUACGUAUACAAAUGAAGCACUAGAGGUGUAUAUCAAAGUCCCUCUUUUUGGCCAAGAAGCCAGGCCGAUUGUAAUGAUACAAGAUCCGAAACACGCUCGGAAGACGGCAGCCAAUCAACCACUUUCAGGUGCUCGCGUGAUAUCUUUGGGUCGAUUCCAUGUUGACAUUCAACAGUUGGCUGUUUUACUUGAAGAGUCAGCUAGUCCGCUUUACAAGCGUGAUGUAUUUGAUAGUGACCGACAGGACGAUGGUCGUGCAUAUCGCAUGUUCUCUGCCAAAACACUCAAAGCUGCUCUUAACCGUGAAGAGUGUACCGGACUUGCAGUCUUGAAAAUAUUUUCAACCAUGGCCAGUCGCUUACUUGGCCUCAUCAUUUCGCAUCGAAAAUACUACCCUGAUGUGCCUCUAAUGCCCUGGAAACACGGAACCGAGCCAAUUGAACAUGUAUUUGGAUGGAUGCGUGUGUUAUCGCCAAACUUUACUGUUCUCGAUGCUAGACAGAUGGUGCCAAAGAUCCACGCAGUGGUCAAAAGUGUCAUGAGUGGAAUAGUGAAGAUAUCGAAAUCAGAACACUUACAUGCUGGAUACGAAUUUGCUUUCUCAGACGAACCCAAUUCAGAGCACAUUGAUCGGCUCCGUUACUUUCCAACUGAUGAAGAGAUUGAAUACGACUUGAAUGUUGCCAAGAAGCGAGCCAUAAGUUUGGCUGCUUUUGUUGGAAUGCACGAUGCUUCGAUUGUUGAUACUCCUAUUGUGAUCUCUGAAAACCAAGUUUCAGAAGAUGUCUCAACUUGCAUGGCUGAAAAGUACGAUGUUGUGUAUAAAAAUGGUCCAGAAGACCCUCUUGAAGAAGCUGUGACCACAGCAGCAGAGGCUAUAGAUGAACAACAGCAGACUGAUGUGCUACUGUCUGCCAUACCGGAAGAUAUUGAUGAAGUAAUAUUCAAAAAUGUAGCCAUGUCUUUGUCAACAAUCCUAAAUCCGAAUGAGGGCGGCUCAUCUGAAGCCCGUAGCGAAGGUACCUUGAGCGACUUAGCUGGAAUUGAUCACAAACUCGACACAUUGAUCUUGAACAAUCAAGAGGGCAUCAAUCUGGAAAAGUCCAAAUUACUGCAGCUACGAGUUGCCCACGACAGUCAGGUCCAAAGGCAUCGGGGAAACGAGCGGGCAAAGAUCAAUGUAGACGACUUACGCAAGUCACCAGGAGAGCUUUUGAAGCCCAGCGAGUGUAGCAAGCUUGUUGCUGUUGUAAUGAAGAACGCUGAAGCUACGCCUACCGGUCUUUCACGAAUCCAUCGAUGGAGCAUCAAUGUGAAGCUGAAUCUUCUGCAGCGUUUUCAAAACACCUCAACUCAUCUCGACUCCUCCUCUCAUGCCGAUCUCACAGGCGGUGGAAUCACUGCCCACAAUCCAAUUGAAAUGGGAAAGUUUGUAGUGUUGAUCAAGAACGGCAAACUAUACCUCGGAAAAACUCUAGCGGUAUACAUCUAUAAGAAUAAGAAGCACGCUUGGGUCAAAAGUUCCAAGACUCGAAAUGAACUUUCAUAUGUUUCAGUUCAGAUCCUCUUGCACAACCCACAUCAACCUGUGGCCACAGUAGCUGACAUAUUGACUCCCGAUGUGUGGACUUUUGCUCGCAUAGAAGCAUCUCACAUAGUAUAUGUAUUCUUACCCUCACGAAGCUCUAACUUUUCUGACUUGGGCGAAGGUUCUUACUCUGUACCUGCUAUUCUACGCCGCUUUAUUAUUUCUAUUGAUACCCCGAACUUUAUCAGAGCAUUUGAAGCCCAGUUAAAAACUUUGAAAAGCGCUCAAGCACAUGACUUAGACGAUUGA